AUGUCUUCCAACUCGCUCAACUACCCGCUCCUCGCCAUCCCAGCCUACUACGUCUUCUCUCUCGUCCCGCACAUAUACGCAGCUAGCCUUCUCACAGCCAAUGGCUACAAGAUCAACAACGCGAACCCCAAGGCAGCGUUGUCACCAGAAGCCGUGAAGGGCAAGGUGCCCGAUGCUGUCUUCAAAAAGUACCAACGCGCCGAGAACGCCCAGUCGAACAAUAUGGAACAAAUGCCCCUCUUCGCCGCCGCCGUUAUCGCCAGCAUCAUCGCCGAACGCACCACCGCAACAGGCAUAGGACGAGAGGUCAUCUCAGGCGAUGCAACAGGCUUGACAACAUUUGUCACAGCUUGGUUCGCAGUCAGGGCAGCGUACUCUCUAGCAUAUGUACAAAUCGCGACUUACUCGAAAAGCAUGAUCAGGAGCGGCCUUUGGGUUAUCGGAAGCGGUCUAGCGAUGUACCAAAUCUACAAGGCUGCUGCGAUCUUGGGCUAG